CGAUAAUGCUGCGCCUCCUCCUCCCCAUCGCUCUCGUAAUCGGCCAGGCCGCUGCCUUUGCCCCCUCCUCCUCUUCCUCCCUCUCUCUUCUUUCUUCCUCUAGGUCUGCUCCUGCUGUCUGCGCUCUCCGAGCUUCCGGCUCAGAUGCGUCGAAUGUCUUGUCCCGCAGGGAUGUCCUUGCCAGUUCAGCCGCUGUGAUCGCCGGGCUGAGCAUGCCAGCCAUCGUGCGUGCUGAGGGGGAGGCUGCAGUGGAAGCUGCUCCUGCGCCAGCAAAGGCAGCAAGUGGAGAGAAGUACAAGCUCAGUGGUGACUACAAGACAGAUGUCAGCGAAUUGUUGAACAAGAUGAAGGCUGCUACUGAGAUGAAGAAGGGUGACCCAGCCAUGAAGGCCCUCGUUGAGGACACCCGUGACGAGAUGAACAAGUUUGUUGCCUACUACCGACGCAACAACAAGGUCGCGGGAGCUGCUAGCUUCAGCACUCUUUACACCGCCAUCUCCACCCUCUCCGGACACUUCCAGAACUACGGCCCUGAGUACCCAGUGCCAGAGAAGCGCAAGAAGCGUCUCUCUCAGCAGUAUGCUGAGGUCGAGAAGCAGAUUGCCCGUGGCAGAUAAAUCGAUUCUUGUUGAUUAAGGAAGUGAACGUGUCGUUUAAAUGAGCGUGGUAUGGAAAGCUGCGAGCUCUAGCGAUCUUUUGUUGGAGACGGCCAGCAGGAUAGUGUUUCUUGCGAUAGUGUCCUCUAUUGUCGAAAAUACAAAAAAUUACGCAAAAAACC